UUGGCCAAGAAAAAAGUUCUUGAUCGAUUGAAGAAUGACAUGUCCAGCGCCAUGACGAUAAACACAGUAAUGCACUACCACCUCAAGAUCCCCUUGUCUACCGAACACCAAGGGCACCCUAUUGGAGCUUCCGCUAGCAUCAACCAUUGCGUGGAUCGUAGAAUUAUCAACAAAAUUUACGACCUCGUUGGCAAAGGUGUAACUCGCCCGGACGAAGUAAGAAGAUGCCUUGAAGAGUAUGUGGAGAGAGAAAUGUUUGCCACACUCCCACCUCAAGAGCGCCCUAAGAAAAGUAAUCGGAAGUACUAUCCUACAAGGCAAGAUUUGAGAAAUCACAUCACUAAAGCCAUUGCUGCGUCCAAGUACUGCAAGGAUGAUCAAGAGUCUCUGCGCCAGAAGGUACUCGAGUGGCAGACAGCAGGCACAGGCAAAUUUCUGUACAGGCCAAAGGGCAGAGAAGCUGACAACAGUACUGGCAAAGAAUCUCCGUGCACUGAAAAGUUUCUUUUUGUGCACCAGGAAGUCUGGCAGCAAAGACUUCUUAGGAGGUAUGGAUCAGAGCUGGUUCUCCUUGACGCCACCUACAAGACCACCAAGUAUGCGCUGCCUUUAUUUUUUCUUUGCGUCCAU